CUCAAGUGAUUUCAAAUAAUGUUUCAUAAUGCUCCAAACAUAAUUCAAAUUAAAAAUAAUUAUUCAUAAAAUCCAUUCAGGAACUUUGUGAAGUUAACGCGUUGAAAAUCUCAAGGUGUUUCUGUGAAAAUCGGACUGUAAACUGGAACUUCAACGCACCACGACCACAGCCUGGGCUAACUUGCUAACGCUUGCCGAGCUCAACAUUUGGGAUAUGAUAACUGUUAACGCGUAGAAAAAUGGAGGAGAAGGAGCGCUUUGCCUUCCUGGCCGACUGGUACGACCCGACGGCGGCGCUCCUGCGGCGCUACCAGCUCUUUUACUACCCCCAUGACUGCUCCGUGGAGAUGUUCGACGUCAAGAACCAGCGCAUUUUCCUGCGGCGGACCAAAUACGGCGACCUGCGCCCCGGCGACCUGUUCGUGGGCAGCCGAGUCAACAUCUUCUCGCGACAGCUCAACAUCGUCGACUACGCCGACAAAUACACGGCCGCCAAGCUGGGCAGCAAAAAAGAACGGACCCUCGCGCUGCUCAAACCGGACGGCGUCAGCAAGGUGGGUGACGUCCUGGAAAUGGCCAACCAGGCCAACCUGAUGGUCACCAACGCCAAGAUGACGCACUUGACAUGGAGCCAAGCGGCGGAUUUUUAUGUGGAGCAUCAGUCAAAGCCCUUCUUCAAUUCCCUGGUGCAGCAGGUGUCGUCUGGUCCCGUGGUGGCCUUGGAGCUGGUGGGCGACGAGGCCGUGUCCGUCCUGAGGAACCUCCUGGGACUUUCGGACGCGGCGGGGGCGGCGGCACACAAGGAGGCGCCGCAGAGCGCCAGGGGGCAGCUGGGAAGCGACCUGGCGCACUGCUCCGACUCACUCAGCGCCGCGGCUCGGGAGCUGGAGUUCUUCUUCCCGACCACCAUCUGCCACGGCCCCGUCAACACGGCCCUCUACUCGCAGUCCACCUGUUGCAUCAUCAAACCUCACGCCGUGUCCCAAGGCCUGGCCGGGAAGAUCAUCAACUCCAUCGCCGCCGCCGGAUUUCACAUCUCGGCUCUGCAAAUGUUCAACGUGGACCGAGCCAACGCCGAGGAGUUCUACGAAGUUUACAAAGGCGUCGUGACGGAAUACUUGGACAUGGUGACGGAGCUGUCUUUGGGACCCUGCAUGGUCCUGGAGCUCCACGGCGCCGACGUAGCCAAGACCUUCCGUGACUUCUGCGGGCCCGCCGAUCCGGACAUCGCGCGCCACCUCCGGCCGUCCACGCUGCGCGCCAUCUACGGCGCCGACAAAGUCAAGAACGCCGUCCACUGCACAGACCUUCCGGAAGACGCCAUCCUCGAGUUGUGUGGCAGAGUGAAAACAAAGACUGGCUUUGGCACGACCCCCACCCCUGACUCCAAUUCACCGUUGAUUAAAUGAAUACACGACAAUCCUCAAAAAGGUUUUCGUGUGAGGAGCAACGUUCAACCCUCGACCCCCACCCCGCCCCCUCCCUUCGGUCUCAUGACCGCAGCGUGGGCCCCGGUCCCGCCUCAGAUCUCUCACGGUGUGACGGGAACAAAAACGACAGCGGGAUUUGAAACAAAAGCUUUUGUUUCACGGGGGGGGGGCAACAUAAUGCCUCCUUGUUAACCAUUUGUCCUUGAACCUGACC